GGAACAGACACAGGAGCCAAGUGGCAAGGCAGUUCUGAGCCUUGUCACUGUGGCUGGCUACUAGCCAAUCUGGAGGAGCCUCGUCCUGUCUGAGUAACUGAGCUUCCUCGGGAGGGAGGAAACAGUUAAUGUCUCAGGGCAGCUGCAAUCUGCUAGGCGUGGCUCUCUGGUUUGACUUGGGCUACUCAGAUCCUGAGCCAAGGGACCGCGAGGAAGGACGCCUUAGUCCUUAGUCCGCAGAGCCUCCACCAGAUGGCUGAAUUGGAUCUGAUUGCCCCGGGGCCUCUGACCGGGGUCACUGCUCACCCUUUGGCCCCUCUCGGCCCAGACCCUGUGUCAGCUAUCCCAGCAGAAAAAGAAGAUGCGGACCCUCUCAGCAAGUCAGGUGAGGAAACCCAGGAGCAGGGUCAUGACCCCGCAGAGGUCGGGGCUCCUGGUGAAGAGGAUCAGAUCUUGUGUGACUUCUGUCUUGGGGCCAGCAGAGUAAGGGCAGUGAAAUCCUGUCUGACCUGCAUGGUGAACUACUGUGAGGAGCACCUGCGGCCACACCAGGAGAACAGCAAACUGCACAGCCACCAGCUAACCGAACCCGCAAAGGACCAGGAUCUACGCACCUGCCCUGCCCACCACAGCCCUUUGGUUUCCUUCUGCCACACGCACCAGCAGUGUAUCUGCCAGGAAUGCGGGGAGGGUGAACACAGAGGCGACAGUACUGUCUCCCUGGAUGCAGCCCGCAGGAACAAAGAGGUGGACCUUCGGUGUAUGCAGUUGGACCUGGAGCAGAAGCUUAAGUUGAAUGAAAAUGCCAUUGCCAGGCUCCAAGCUAACCAUAAGUCUGUUUUGGUGUCGGUGUCAGAGGUGAAGGUGGUAGCUGAAGAGAAGUUUGGGGAACUCCUCGCAGCUGUACGGAAGGCCCAGGCAGAUGUGAUGGUCUUCCUAGAGGAGAAAGAACAGGCUGCACUGAAUCAAGUCAACAGCAUCAAAACCCAUCUGGAGCACAGGAGCCUCGAGAUGGAGAAAAGCAAGCAGGAGCUGGAGAGGCUGGCCGCCAUCAGCAACACUGUGCUGUUCCUGGAGGAGUACUGCAAGCUCAAGAAGACAGAGGACACUGCCUCCCCUAGCAUUUACAUAGGGCUGAAGGACAAACUCUCAGGCAUCCGCAAGGUCAUCACAGAUUCAACUCUGAACUUGAUCCAAUUGCUAGAAAGCUAUAAGGAAAAGCUCCAGGAAUUUUCCAGGGAAGAGGAAUAUGACAUCAGAACUCAAGUGUCUGCCAUUGUCCAGCGCAAGUAUAGGACCUCGAAACCUGAGCCCAGAACCCGGGAUGAGUUUCUUCAAUAUGCCUGUGACAUCACGUUUGACCCAGACACAGCACACAGGUACCUUCGCCUGCAGGAGGACAACCGCAAGGUCACCAACACCACGCCCUGGGAACACCCCUACCCGGACCUCCCCAGUAGGUUUCUGCACUGGCGGCAGGUGCUGUCCCAACAGAGCCUGUACCUGCACAGAUAUUAUUUUGAGGUGGAGCUCUCUGGAGGUGGCACCUAUGUUGGCCUGACCUGCAAAGGCAUUGACCGUAAGGGGGAAGAACGGAACAGCUGCAUUUCUGGAAAUAGCUUCUCCUGGAGCAUCCAUUGGAAUGGGAAGGAGUUCACAGCCUGGCACAGUGACACAGAGACCCCGCUCAAGGUCAGCCCCUUCAGAAGGCUCGGUAUCUAUGUAAACUUCCCAGGAGGAAUCCUUUCCUUCUAUGGUGUAGAGUAUGAUGCUAUGACUCUGAUUCACAAGUUUGACUGCAAGUUCUCAGAGCCGGUCUAUGCUGCUUUCUGGCUGUCUAAGAAAGAAAACGCCAUCCGGAUUGUGGAUCUGGGAGAGGAGCCCGAGAAGCCAGCUGGGUCCUCUGUGGAGGCUGCUCCCUAGAUUCUAGGAUCUACCUCCCAGGGGUUGCUAACUGUGACAACUGGGCAGCAGCUGGUAUUUUAAGGUAGACAGAAAUACCUGCUGAUGGUAGUUGGCUUUAGAAACUGUGUGGGUCCUGAAUGAACUUUCCCGCCUGCUUCUCAAGACAGUUCUUGCAUGAAUGCAGAAACUCUAAGGCACAAAAGCCUCUCCUCACAUCUUCUAGUGAGGGUCUCCUGUCUGCUCAGGUGACUGUCACCGUCAUCCAGAAUUUCCAACUAGGGAUCUUCAAACCAUAACAAGACUGCACAGGGAUCAUAAUAAAUCGCAAACACAUCGCUGUGUGUUUCUUACACACUCUCCAGCGUUUGGAGUGCUUUCUCUUUGUUAGUUCAUCUUUAUGGGGUAAAUGUUUACAUUGUCUUCAUGAUACACAUUAGGGGAUGGUGGCCAGGUUGGUCAGCUAACUUGUCUGGUCACCCAAUAAAUGGGGGGCAGAUCUGGGAUUCAAGUCUGUUGUUGAACUUGUGGCUACAUGUUAUGCUUACCUCAUUAGAUCAUGAAAGUUAUGCCUGAGGGGUAAACCACACACUAAACCGCAUAGCCCACAGUCUUGAGCAUUCCUCUUAAGAGUUUGGUUUUUUUUUCUGCAUGUGCCAGGCUCAACUUGGUCAUCCAGCCUUGCACCAUCUGAGCAUGCCCUCAUCCCUGACACAGCAGCAGCAGCAGCAGCGGCAGGAUCACCAUUAAUCAGCAGCACAUGAUAGUUUUGAACAGCAAGAUUUAGAAUAAAUGUUUUAGCGAGGUCCUUUUGAGAGGAGUAGUCAUCCUCUCUGCUAAGGUCACCCAGACUUCAUGGACUUGUCUAUUUUCUUGCCCAAAGGGAUAGUUCCUCAGGUAUUUGGGGACAGCGUUCACCUCUCGCAGGAGCUAUGCCUGUUUGUUUGUGCUAAGUUGAUACUUUCUGCGAUGAUCUCACUUCCCCCCGACACCCUGUUGAUGACUUCAUUCUCCUUUAGACAGACGAUGAACAUCCAUCAAGCCUUUAUGCACACCAUCUUAAAAUGGAUUUCUAUUGCCCUAGCCUGAAGUCCCUGGUGGGCUUUAUCACAAAUAUUACUUCCGUGUCUUUUCCCACGACCUGUGUCAAGGCAAAUCUUCUUGUUCAAUCAGUCCCGUGAUCCUGUCUCAACUGUGUGUUGCUUUAGACUUAUUUGACUUGAUUCUAAGACUCCGCAUCUUUGCCUCUAAGAACUUAAAUACUUUCCACCUGCUUCCUCAUGUCACUGCCCUGCACUGAGAUACUUUCAUGAUCUAGUGCAUUGCCUCUCCUUCCAGCAGAAAUAGUUUCCCUGCAGAGUCAACGGCCUUCUCUCAAGUCUAAAUCCUGGUCCAGAGUUACUGAGACUAUGAGGGCCAACACAUGCUAGCUUCUCAGUAGAACUGUGCAGGGCAGGGUUCACUGGUCGCCUCCCUUUCCCACUGAACAAGAUCAAAGAGCUUUUCUUCUCUUCUCUUUUUUUCUUUUCUUUUUAUUUGGGAUAGGGCUUCACAACGUGGCCCAAGCUGGCCUGGGAUACACUAUGUAUUCUCGUCUGGCCUCAGACUCAGUUCUCUCUUCUUAGCUUCCAAAUGCUCAGGUUACAAGCAUGAGCUACCUAUGCUCAGCUCAGCUCCGCAAAGGACCUCUUCAAUGGCAGAAAUCAAUGUGAAUUUCUUGGAUCCAGCAGGUAAAGAAUACUCUUCAAAAGAGAAAGGCGUGUUUCCCUGGCCUGCCCUUUCUUCUUUUCUUUUUUUUUUUUGUCUUAUUUUUAAUUGACACACAAUAACAGUAUACUUAUGGAAUUCAGUGUGGCUUUUCAGUGUCGUAAUAACCAAGUAAGAACAUAUACUUAUCCCUAUACCAAAGACUAUUUAUUUAUUGUAAGAACACUCCAAAUCCUGUCUUCCAAUUGUUUUGAAAUAAACCUGCUUUAAAAAUAUAUUUUUUUGCU